AUGGAGUUAUUCACAAAAGGAAACGGCGUCAAGUUACGGAGCCACCUGGACAAGUUUUUGGUCGCCGACGAUGACCAAGAAACCAUCCGUCAAAGCCGUAAAGGAGAUUCACGGCGUGCCGUGUGGACCGUGGAGACCGUCGUCGAUAAACCGAAUCUGAUCAGACUAAGAAGCUGCCACGGCACGUACUUAACGGCGAGCAAUAAACCGUUACUGCUUGGUAUGACCGGUGAGAAGGUGACUCAAACGCCGUCGUCAAACAAACCGAUGGAUUGGCAAACCCAGUGGGAACCGGAGCGAGAUGGGUUUUCCGUGAAGCUGAAAUCUUGGUGCGGGAAAUGGAUGAGAGCUAACGGCGGAACGCCGCCGUGGAGAAACUCCGUUACUCACGACGAGCCUCACACGUUGAAGACCAAGAACUGGUUGAUUUGGGAUGUUAUCACUGUUGAUGGUUCUGAUCUUGAGAACAUGUCUGAUGGAGAUGAGAGCUCUGUUUCUUCUCCGGUCUCUUCACAUCUUUCCGGGUCGCCCGCUUCUGCCGGGUCUAUGAAAAGUUAUCAAAGGUAUUGUGGGAUGGUUGUGGGAAAUCAAUGUAGUUUAUGCAUCGUUCCUAAGAGAGCACAGUUCGACAGUUAUAUUGCAAAGAUGCCCGCUUUUAAUGCAGAAGGCAAGUACGAUCUAAUCGAGUUUGCAGUAGGCAUAGUAAAGAAAGAAUCGGUUAUAAACGGGAAAAGCAUAGUGGCUGGAGAUGUUCUUAUUGGCCUCCCUUCUAGCGGUAGUCUUUUACUGAAAGAUGAGCUUCCAGGCGGAUCAUAUACUCUUGGUGAAGCUUUAAUGGCACACACUGUCAUUUACGUGAACCAGGUAUUUGGCUUUAUCAGCAAAGCAGGUAACUCGAGAAGCAGCUCGGAGUACUUGGAGAAGAUGAGAAUGGAGAUUAUGUUGUGUAUCGCAUUGGAGAGAUAA